CAAAAAAUGGCUGGAGUGAACAAGUUCGUCAAUAGUUGUGUGGCGUGUGGUAAUGCCCUAAAAUGGAUUCCGGUUGUUUUUAUAGUUACUGUCAUAGUAUGGAGUUACUACGCGUAUGUUGUUCAACUUUGCUUCAAUUUUUCUGUAUCAGUUGUCCAGCAAGUUUUUUACCUCGUGAUAUACCAUGUUUUAUUGGUGAUGCUUGGUUGGUCAUAUUGGCAAACCAUAUUUACCCCAGUUGGGACAGUUCCCAAACAAUUUAGGCUGUCAGCUGCAGACCUAGAAAGGUUUGAACAAGCAGAAGGUUUAGAAGCACAUCAGCAAAUACUUGAACAAAUUGCAAGAAAUUUGCCGGCAUUGACAAGAACACCGAUUGGACCAAGGUACUGUGAAAAGUGUGUCCAUAUCAAGCCCGAUCGGUGUCACCAUUGCAGUGUUUGUGGUGUGUGUGUUACAAAAAUGGAUCACCACUGUCCAUGGGUUAACAAUUGUGUUGGAUUCAAGAAUUACAAAUUUUUCAUCCUUUUCUUGGGAUAUGCAUUCAUCUACUGUAUUUUUGUUGCAUUUACGUCACUGCCCUACUUUAUCCAGUUCUGGAAAGUACCGAAUGAAGUUUCGGGCACCGGCAGAUUCCACGUUCUUUUUCUUUUUUUCGUAUCGAUAAUGUUUUCCAUUUCUCUCGUUUCCCUAUGGGGUUAUCAUAUCUACCUUGUAUUGCACAAUCGGUCAACACUCGAGGCUUUCCGUGCGCCCAUAUUUCGCAGUGGCCCUGAUAAGGACGGCUUCAACCUAGGAAAGUAUAACAACUUCGUCGAAGUAUUCGGUGACAGAAAAUCCCAUUGGUUUCUACCAAUAUUUACAAGUUUGGGCGAUGGCAUUAUUUAUAAAAGUUGUCAUCUGGCCACGCCUAUAGUAGCUUCCACGCCCACCACAAUCUACAGUUCUAUGGAAACUAGCUCUCCUCUUGCUACUGCUCACACCUUGUCUUCUCAUAAUCCCGACCCUCAGCACACGACGGAGAUAGCUGUGAACAUGGGUGAUGGAGUAACCUUUCCACAACGACAUAUGGAUGAAGAUGAGGACUCGCUGUUGGGCGUGAGAAGCCAACGCUGGAUGGAGGAAGGUGGCGCUGAAAACACUCGUCUCGAAAAUAAUCCUUAUCAUGUAGUGAACUUGGACCCUCUAGUUCAAACAGCUUGAAGAUUCUUUUGUAAUGGCCUGUGGCGGUUUUUCUCUCAUCAUACACGAGCUUGAUUUGUGUUCAGAUUGGGAGAAAUACAUCAUAGCGUUUUUUCCUGUCCGACGUCCGAGGGCUUCUCCCAUUCAUACGUGCAAUUUAAUUUGUCAAUAAUUCCGUUCCUGCUUUCUUUUGUGUAUGUGUGUGUAUGCGUGAUGUAGAUAAAUAUUACAACCCAAUUAAAGUAUUA